UUAAUUAAUAAAUAUAACUUCAAUAAUUCACCACUGUCAUGGGCUUCUAUCCCUUGUGUUGUUCUUCAAUGGCUAAAUCUCUCUUCUUCUUCUUCUUAUCUCUACCCGUCAACAGUAUCACCAAUCUUCUUCUUCUCAUCACUCUCUUUCGUUUUCCCAUUACUGGUCUUCACCUUCUCCUCAUCUUCCUUCACUCUCUUUUAUAGCUUUCACUUUCUUCACCUGUUCUUCCAGUAACUUUGGACACCCUCUUUCUCUUCAAUCUGUUCUCCAUUUUUCUGGUGGACAAGAGCAGAAAAGAUAUGCCUUUAUUAUAGACGAGCUUUGCUUUCUUCAUUACCCGAUAAAAAUAGAACUGCCCCAAGUGUAAUACCCAAAAUUUUCUAUCUAUAAUUGUUUUCCAGGAUUCUUUUUUUAUUGGGAAAGGUGAGAAUGACUUUUCAGCAAUAAUUUAAGAAUCAUCAGAGGUACAGAUUUCAGUUAAUCGAUGGCUUCUGUGUUUUUAUAUCAUGUCGUGGGAGAUCUAACGGUAGGAAAGCCGGAGAUGGUGGAAUUCUGCGAGACUGAGACAGUUGAGUCGGCGAUUCGGGCAAUCGGAGAGUCGACGGAGUGUGGAGUUCCCGUGUGGAAGAGGAGACAGCAUGUGGGUAUGAUUGAGAAAUCAGAAAUGAGGCAGCAGAGGUUUGUGGGAAUUCUUAAUUCUCUCGAUAUUGUGGCGUUUUUGGCUAGAGCUCAGUGCUUGGAGGAUCAAGAGAAGGCCAUGAAGACCCCAGUUUCUGAGGUGGUUGUUCCUGAUAACACCCUAUUGAAACAUGUCGAUCCUGCAACAAGACUGAUUGAUGCAUUGGAGAUGAUGAAGCAAGGCGUCAAGCGUAUUGUUGUUGCCAAAGGCACAGUAUGGAAAGGCAUGAGUAAACGAUUCUCAAUCCUCUACAAUGGUAGGUGGCUCAAGAAUGUCAAUUCCAGCAACAGCAACCUCACCAUCAACGCCAGCCGCCCUUCCUCAUCUUCCACUAGUUCCAGCCAUGGCAAGUUCUGCUGCCUCUCUAGAGAAGAUGUCAUCCGUUUUCUGAUUGGUUGCCUUGGUGCUUUAGCUCCGCUCCCUCUUUUCUCCAUCUCUUCUCUUGGAGUCAUUAACUUGAAAUACUGUUCAGUUGAGGCCUCUCUUCCAGUCAUCAAGGCUACACAAAAGCUACCUAAAGACCCAUUUGCUGUUGCCAUUGUGGAGCCCAUGCCAGAUGGUGGUUGUAAGAUUAUCGGGGAAAUAUCAGCCUCCAGAUUAUGGAAAUGUGAUUAUUUGGCUGCAGCAUGGGCUUUAGCCAAUCUUUCAGCAGGGCAGUUUGUGAUGGGGGUUGAGGACAAUUUCACUACAAGAUCAUUUCCUGAAAUUUCAGGUAACUCGAGAGAAGGUGAGAAUGAUAUGGUUAAUGGUGGUGGAUCAACAAGAGAUAGGAAAUUCAGCAGCAGGAGCAUUGGGUUGAAUCCAGGAAGCUCAAGUUUUGGGAUUUCCAGGAACAUGUAUAGGGGCAGAAGUGCACCCCUAACGUGUAAAAUUACGAGUUCAUUGGCUGCAGUCAUGGCUCAGAUGCUAUCCCACAGGGCAACCCAUGUAUGGGUGACUGAGGAUGAUGGUGAUGAUGUUUUAGUCGGUGUGGUUGGUUAUACGGAUAUUCUGUUUGCUGUGACCAAACCACCUUCAUCUUUUAUUCCUGUUAAUCGAUCUUCUGAGGGUGUUACAACCGAAGUUCAAAGUUGACUUUUUAUUUGUUGACCAUAUCUACAUUCCUGUAAUUGUAAGUUAAGAUGCUUUGCUUUAUCAGUUUUGGAGGUGUGAGGGAUAUUCUGUUAUCUUUUACAACAAGAAGUCUAAAUUUCAAUGUCAAAUUUUGUAUAAACUUGUAUAAUAAAAUAAUGUUGAGAUACAAUUUCUAAGCC